CAGGGUUGCUAGAGACUGAAAAGCCAGGACAGCCUUGACGUGGCUGGCGUCUCAGUGCCAGGGUAUACAGAGGCAAAGCCACCCGCCCCAGAGAUGGCGCUGGAGAUCUUUAGCAUGGCUCCUUCCUACCACAGCCUGGCCAUCCAUAGAAUCCCGCUGAGGACAGAUAUAGUCCCAGCUGAACCGAUGAAGACCUUGGCCCCAUCUAAAUCCAAGCUCAGCACGAUUGAGGCCAAGAGAAUCAUGUCAGUCCUGGAUGAGGCCAUAUACAAAGUGGAACUGGUGACCCUGAUGUCCUAUCUGGAGUCCCACCCAGAGGCUCUGGAGGGAAUGCUGUCCGAGGACGUGGUGAGGGCCAUAAGAGAGCAUUUGGACAUUGGCCAGGGCCUGCUGGAGGGCGCCAGCAUCCUUCAGGAGAAACAGAAACAGCUGGAGGAAGAAGAGGAGGAUGCUGAUGGAGCCUGGCUCCAGGAACGCCUCCUGUCCAUAGACCUACACAAGGCUAGCCUAUGGCCACUGACACACCAGUUUCAGGACUCCACCAAGACUGUCCUGAGGCUCCUGCUCAGGAACCCCCAGGUCAUCAGGCUACUGCAGAUACAGGCACCAGGCAGAAGCCCAGGGGCCCAGUGCCUCCUGGACAGCCUGGUGGAGCUUCGGGGUUUCCUCUUUGAGAAGCUCCUCACCAGCCCCAUGGAAGUGAGGGAGAAGAACCAGUUCAUACAGGACAUUAGCCGGAAGCAUAAAAGGAACCAAGAGGUCAUCGACACUCUCCAGGGAGAGCUGGCAGAGGUGCUGAAGAAUAAGGAGUCAGAGGUGGAGAAGGAGAACUUUGUGAUCCAGGAACUGAAGAAUCACCUGCACCAGGUGUUCAAGUUCUCAGAGAACAGCCUCCUCCGCACAAAGCAGGAGGCAGAGAAACAGCAGAAGAUGGAUUACCGGGCCUCGCAGGCCAGGCAGGCCAAGAUACAGCAAGACAUCCUGGCGCUUCGCUCGCAGUACCACACCCUGGUCAUGGAGAAUCGGGAGGUGGAGCAGGCCCUAAGGAAGAAAAAAUAUAAAGUGGAGACAGAAAUUGAAAAUUGGAUCCAAAAAUAUGACAUGGAGAUGACUGAGAAGCAGGAGGAAUACGAGGACCUCGAGAGCAUCCACAAGGAGGAGAAACUGCAGCUGGAGGAGCUGAAGGAGAAGCAUGCGGUGCUGGUGGAGGAGUUCGCUCAGAUCCGCGCAGAGAACGAGAUCAACUCCAAAAAGCGGGUGGAGGCGGAGCGGGAGUUGCUGCGCAUGAUGAGGGCCGCCACGCUCAUCCAGGCCGUAUGGAAGGGCUACCUGGUGCGCUCCAUGCUCAGGUCUAAGAAGAAAAAGCGGGGAAAGGGCAAAGGCAAAGACAAGGGUAAGGGCAAGGGUAAGGGUAAGGAGGAGAAGGAGAAGAAGGAGAAGAAGGAGGAGAAGGAGAAGAAGGAGAAGAAGGAGGAGAAGGAGGAGACGGAGAAGGGCAAGGAAGAGAAAGGCAAGAAGAAAGGCAAGGGCAAGGGUAAAGGCAAGAAGUGAUGGCCGCCUGGCUUGGCCCCGCCCCUGCCAUGCUCUGCCACGGCCCCUACUCACCCCAGCCCUACUAUACCUGGCUUUAAUGAUGGCUAAAAUUAAAAAACGAAACAGAAACAUUUUGAACCAUACUCACGGGCUCACCCUUCAGCAGACAUAUCUGCCCCGGGCUGAGGUUGGGUGUGUG